UGUUUCUUUAAGGGAACGUGGCUUUUCCCCGCAGCGCCCGUCUUCCCGUCUGUGUCUCUGCUGCGGCGGCCGGAGCGGACCCCGAGCGCAGCGUCGCCAUGGACUCGGCCCUCAGCGACCCGCACAACGGCAGCGCCGAGGCAGGCGGCACAGCCAACGGCACGACGCGGCCGCCUUCCACGCCCGAGGGCAUCGCGCUGGCCUACGGCAGCCUCCUGCUCAUGGCGCUGCUGCCCAUCUUCUUCGGCGCCCUGCGCUCCGUGCGCUGCGCCCGCGGCAAGAACGCCUCAGACAUGCCGGAGACCAUCACCAGCCGGGACGCUGCCCGGUUUCCCAUCAUCGCCAGCUGCACGCUCUUGGGGCUCUAUCUCUUUUUCAAAGUUUAUUUUCCCAAUAAAAGUUACACAGGCUCAGUGUUGAAAACGUGGAAAACACAGAAAAGUAAAAAGGGGAAAACAGCAGUCAUCCAAAACCCCACUACCAGAGACAAUCACAGAUUCCCUUUGGAGAUAUUCUCCCAGGAGUACAUCAACCUCUUGCUGUCCAUGUAUUUCUUCGUGCUGGGGAUCCUGGCCCUGUCCCACACCAUCAGCCCCUUCAUGAAUAAGUUUUUUCCAGCCAACUUCCCAAAUCGACAGUACCAGCUCCUCUUCACACAGGGCUCUGGGGAGAACAAGGAAGGUGGGAGGGGCAGCCCCGCCCCGGGGAGUGGACUUACCCGGCCUCUCUGCCCAGAGAUCAUCAAUUAUGAGUUUGACGCCAAGGACCUUGUAUGCCUGGGCCUGAGCAGCAUCGUUGGUGUCUGGUACCUGCUGAGGAAGCACUGGAUUGCCAACAAUCUCUUUGGCCUGGCCUUCUCCCUUAAUGGGGUGGAGCUCCUGCAUCUGAACAAUGUCAGUACUGGCUGCAUCCUGCUGGGCGGACUCUUCAUCUACGAUGUCUUCUGGGUAUUUGGCACCAACGUGAUGGUGACAGUGGCCAAGUCCUUUGAGGCACCAAUAAAAUUGGUGUUUCCCCAAGACCUGCUGGAGAAGGGCCUCGAAGCAGACAACUUUGCCAUGCUGGGACUCGGAGAUAUUGUCAUUCCAGGGAUCUUCAUUGCCUUGCUGCUACGGUUUGACAUCAGCUUAAAGAAGAACACCCACACCUACUUCUACACCAGUUUUGCAGCCUACAUCUUCGGCCUGGGCCUUACCAUCUUCAUCAUGCACAUCUUCAAACAUGCCCAGCCUGCCCUUCUAUACCUGGUCCCUGCCUGCAUCGGCUUUCCUGUUCUGGUGGCACUGGCCAAGGGAGAAGUGACAGAGAUGUUCAGCUACGAGUCCUCAGCGGAAAUCCUGCCUCACACCCCGAGGCUCACCCACUUCCCCACAGUCUCGGGCUCCCCAGCCAGCCUGGCCGACUCCAUGCAGCAGAAGCUAGCUGGCCCUCGCCGCCGGCGCCCGCAGAAUCCCAGCGCCAUUUAUGAGGAGUCAAAUCCUAAGGAUGCAGCAGCAGUGACAGAGGGAUCCAAAGAGGGAACAGAGGCCUCGGCAUCGAAGGGGCUGGAGAAGAAGGAGAAGUGAAACGGCUGGGGCCUGACCCACUGAGGGCCGGGCCAGGCAGGCGGGGGCAGGCUGGCACAGGCCUGCAAGGGCAGAGGGCAUGGGAGGCUAAGGGCGCUGGAGGCUGGGCAGCCCCAGGAGAGGGGCAGGGGCAACAGGAUCCCUCCAGCGGGGCCCCCCAUGGCCUGGUUCCUUCAUCCCCCUUCUCUGGCCUUCCUCUACCCCUUCCCGUCCCCUGCAGGCAAAGGAAGCCCUACCUCCCCCACCCUCCUAGAUGCCAGGCAGGAAAAGUGGGUUUGAUUUUUAGAUUUUUGUAUUGUGGACUGACUUUGCCUUACAUUAAAAAUUCAUCCCAGGGGCACCUGGGUGGCUCAGUCGGUUAA